AUUUUUACAUGUAACUGUUGGCGGCCCUGUGUCACUAGGUUCAUUGUUUAUUAUUUUAAGAAAAUGUCGUUGAACUCAGUCCGCAAAUAAUGAUUUUAUGAUGAUUUAAUCCCGCUUUUAGUUCGUACACUACGAUAAAACGUCCGCAGUAUUAUUUCGGUUUAUUUUCAUACAUAACCUCAACUCAAAAUGGCAGACCGCUUGACUCAACUACAAGACUGCAUAAACCAGCAAGCCGAGCACUUUUGCAACAGCAUCGGAAUCCUGCAACAGUUCGCCCCUCCGAGCAAAUUCCCCAGUUUCGACCGAAGCGGUUCGCAAACCCCCCAGCAACAAAACCAAGAAGACUACGUCCAGCUCUUCACCACUCUGAUCGCCCGCUGCGCCAAAGAUAUCGACACCUUGAUCGAGUCACUGCCAAGCGAAGAAAGUUCCACGGAAUUGCAAUUUCAAAGCCUUCGAAUACUUGAAGCCGAAAACCAAGAAGCCGCCGAACGCCUUGAAGCUAUCGUCCGCAAGGGGCAGGACCUGCUCGAGCAGGUUCAGGCGGCCCUGAGUGACAUAGCGCAGUCGCAACUAGAUAUGCAACAUUUGACGAAAAUGACGACAAAGGAGUAGGGUUUUUGUACUUAAUAAAAUGAAAUAAAGUUUUUGAAAGACGA